ACCGAAAUUCAUUUUCGGAGUGCGACACUUUUAAUCAUAUUCCAUCAAAGUGUUUUCUCCGUCAGAUCAUUCGGUCCUGGGAGAUAAAAGCAUCGUGUCCAUUUUGUGUUAUGAAUCAUUGUUGAGAAAAAUAUACAGUCGGCGUAGCAGUUGAAAUUCAGUGUGCGAAUCCGUAGUUUCGGUAUUUAGUUUAGUGAAGUUUGGACUUGUGUCGACGUUGAUUUUAAGAUUUUGCUACUUAUUUUACUGCGUGAAAAUGGUUUCGAUUCCGCGAAGUGGCAGCUCCCGUAGCAUUGAUAUGAAUCCCGAAGGACGUAAAAUUGCUGUUGAUCGUUACAUAAAGCAUCCAUUGCAAGAUCAGUGGACUCUUUGGUUUUUGCAGUAUGAACGGAACAAGUCUUGGGAAGAUCUGCAAAAUAGAGUCAUCACAUUCGAUACGGUUGAGGAUUUCUGGAGCCUAUACGAUCACAUUAAAGACGCUUCUGUCUUGGGAGACUUAAACGAUUACUCCGUAUUCAAAGGGGACAUUCGGCCAAUGUGGGAAGAUGCAGCGAAUAAGCGUGGAGGUCGUUGGGUUUUAAACGCUUUUAGACAGCGUCACGAAUUAGAUAAUUUGUGGUUAAGCACUUUACUGUACAUGAUCGGUGGAACCUCUAAAUAUGCAUCGUACAUUAAUGGCGCGGUUGUUAACGUUCGUAGUCGCGGUGACAAAAUUGCUAUCUGGGUAGGCGACUGUCACGACACUGCCAUCCUCAAUGGGAUUGGCCUAGAGCUGAAGAAUUAUCUACGCACGAAUGCAAGAAUUGUAUACGAAGAACAUAACAGCAGCAAGGGUUCGAAACCUUUGCUUCAACUCUAAAUUCAAUUGUGAUUUUUCCGGUUGUUUCGAUUUAUUUUCUUUUAUGUUCAUCAUGGCAGUUAUACCAUUUUCAGUUUAUUUCUCUUUUCGAAAUUUCAUUUUCUUUUUCUUUCGUUUAUUUUUCUGUUAAUUUUGUGAACAUUGAUUUUUGAAGGCGGAAUGUUUUUUUGGAAAAUAAAGCAAGACGCGCGACAUAAAUUGCAU